UUGAAUACAAGUUAGAAGAGCAAAAGAAGAGAUCUUGCAAAAGAUGGAGACUUCCUUGAAAAGAUCUGUUGGGAUUGGAAGCAUGGUUAAGGAAGAGAGAAGAAUGGAAUCUAAUGGUGAUGAUCAAAGCUCAGGAGAGACUGGAAAGGUGAGAUAUGGACGAGAAAUCCCAGAGGAUAUCAGUUCAAAGCCGUCGUCACCUAACCGAAAAGAUACAGCCAUGAGCAAACAGGUUCCCACUUUGGCUCUGAUUGAAAGAACAUCAAUGGACAGCACCCCAAGAGGUUCAUCGUCAAUAAAAAUGGACCAGGUGGAUCAGCUUGAAUCUGCAAGGUCUGAAAUGGGAAAAGUGAAACAAGAAAAUGAAGUCUUGAAGAUGACUCUAUCGCAAAUUAUGAAGGAAUACAGAUCUCUUCAAAUGCAUCUCAUGAGCAUGGUUCAUCAAGAAGAAGCCAAGAGAUCUACAGAUACAGCUCCUGCUACUAAUCAAGAAAUUGAAGAACCAGAAAUUUCACUUAGCCUUGGAAGGAUUUCAAGUGAGCCCAAAAAGGAGGAGAAGAGUCCUAGCAACUCCAGUAAUGAUAAAAAGGAUGAUAAGCAAUUAAAAGAAGGUUUGGAUCUUAGGCUGGACUGCAAGUUUGAAGGGUCCUCUAACCCUUGUUCGAAUGAACCCACGUUGAACUUAUCAAGCCCUGAAACUAACUUUGAAGAACCCAAGAAAGAGGAACCCGGAGAAAUAUGGCCACCCAGUAAAAUUCUCAAGACUAUGAGAAGUGCAGAUGAUGAUGAAGCUUCACAACAGCCCCAAGUGAAGAAAACUAGGGUUUCUGUGAGAGCAAGAUGUGAUACCCCCACGCUGAACGAUGGGUGCCAAUGGAGGAAAUACGGGCAGAAAAUCGCAAAAGGCAACCCAUGUCCUCGGGCAUACUACCGAUGCACAGUUGCACCUGCAUGCCCAGUGAGAAAGCAGGUCCAAAGAUGUGCAGAGGACAUGUCUAUCUUGAUCACCACCUACGAAGGAAACCACAAUCACCCCCUAUCAGUUUCAGCGACAGCCAUGGCUUCCACCACAUCUGCAGCUGCUUCCAUGCUCUUGUCUGGCUCGUCGAGCUCCGGAUCAGCCCUUGGGGCAUCAGCUACCACCACUACCUCUGCUGAUCUUCAUGGUUUAAGCUUCAACCUCUCAGAUAACACAAGAGCUAGGCAGUUCUAUCUACCCAACUCCUCAAUCUCAUCUUUACCCUCAUACCCAACCAUCACUCUUGACCUAACUGCACCACCACCAUCCUCUUCAUCAUCUUCAUCUUCCCAAUUCAACAGGUUAAAUUCAAGCUUCCAUUCCACCCCAAGAUAUUCAACAAGUUUCAAUUUUUCUUCCUCAGAAUCCCAUGCCCUACCAACAUCUUGGGGAAAUGGGUCCCUGAGCUAUGGAAGUCAGUCCUACAAUAGAGGACAAAUUGGUCCCUUAAGUCUUGGAAAGCAACCUCAGGAACAUUUCUACCAACCUUACAUGCAAAAGAACAAUCCAACUCCUCCACAACAGGCCAUGACUGAAACUAUUGCCGCCGCAACCAAGGCCAUCACAUCGGACCCAAGCUUCCGAUCAGUUCUAGAAGCUGCAAUCACAUCGAUAGUAAACAAAGGUAGCACUGGAGAGAAUUUUGGCCAGAAUUUGAAGUGGGGUGAGCACUUCACUUCCACUUCUCCCUACUCCUAAUUCUUGUUUGUCUGCUUAGGAUGUAUUAUGAAGAAAUAUCUCCAUGUUGAAGGUGACAACAAGCAGUGAGCAUUCACAAAAUUUUAGGGUUUUCCUUUUUUUUUUU